AUGUCCACCCGUUCCCACCAACCCGGGGCCGGGCGCCGCGGAGCACGCCGGGAGGAACGGUCCGCGGCCGGGCGCCAGGGGCACGCCGGGAGGAACGGGCCGCGCCAGUGCGCCUGCGCCGGCCUCUACGCUUGCGCACUGGGGUCCGCCUGCACCGGGUCCCGACGUCCGCGGGGAGCCCAGCCCCUCCGCCCGGGGGCGUGUCCCUCCGGUGACGUCACAACGCGGGCUGCCUCUGUGACGUCAUCGAGCCCAGCCUCGCCCGCGGUGACUUCACAGUGCUCGCGGCCCUGGCUCUCGGCUCUCGCCUCCUCCCCCCGUCUCCUCCUUCUGCCCCCGCCGGGGGUGGGGGGCGUUGCGAUGAAGCAGGGGCGCGAGCCUGAGCCGGGCCCCGGUGGAGCAGGCCGCCCCCUGGAGCCAGCCUUCCCCUCGGGCCGUCCCGGGCGGCUGCAGCGCCACCUCCUGAGCGGUGAGUUCGAGCAGCUGCGCGACUUCCCCAUCUUUGAGAGCAACUUCGUGCAGGUGACCCGGUCGGGAGAAGUCGCCAACAAGGUGACCAUGGGGGUGGCAGCCUCCAGCCCAGCCCUGGAGCUGCCGGACCUGCUGCUGCUGGCGGGCCCUGCCAAGGAUGACGGACAGCUGCAGCUCCUCGGGCUGUUCCCCCUGCAGUUCGUCCAGCUCUUCGUGCACGACGAGCGCCGCUGCCAGCUCAAGGUCAAGUUCUGCACCGGCCGCGCCUUCUACCUGCAGCUGCGCGCGCGGCCCGAGGCCCGCGAGCGGGAGUUCGGCCGCUGGGUGCGGCUGCUCUACCGCCUGCGCUUCCACGCGGCGCACGGAGCCGUGCCGUUCACGCAGGGCAGCUGGGCGCUGGGCGCCGACGACAGCGAGGACGAGGACGAGGAGGAGGACGAGGACGGGGGCUGCGCGGCCUGCGACGAGCUUCAAGACAGGGAAGCCAGACUGAACCCGCUGACCUCGGAACUCUGGGGACUCUGAUUCCGCCCGCACCAGGCCCCUGCCGCGAGGGCCAGACGCGGGGCAGGCGUUCGCCAGCCGCCGUCCGCCCUGGGACUCAACGCGCCGUCACCAGCGGUGUGGUCUCGGGCCGUCCGGCAGCCCGCACCACCACGGAGACCCGGAGCUGCCUCUGGACACAGCCUGCCCAGGCUGGCCUCCGCUCCUGACUCACCGGUGCUGCCAUUACGCCAGCUUGUGUCCUCACUCCCUCUUGGUGGUGAGGCUGGCAGGGCUGUCCCCACAUGGCCCGGGGUUCACCCUCACCACCCCGCGGCCGCCUCACUAAAAUAGCUGUUUCGCAGUG